AUGAGGAGGAAGACAGGCAAAAAGAAGGUAGUAGGUUACAGCUGGAUUAACAAUGAUGCGCCAGCCUACAUUAGCAUAAUUAUCUCUGUGUGUAGUUGCACACAACACAUGGCUGAGCUAACACUGUUUUCAUGUCUCAGUUGGAAGUUGCUGAUGCCACUUUAGAACACUAUGACUCAUUUCCUUUUAGGUCCAUACAAGGCAAUAAUAUCCACUCUGCAUUUGAUAGGUUGAUUAUUAUACAUAACCUCCUUUGAGUUAACAACAAUUCACACCACAGCACAUAGUUAUGUGCUUUAGAUGAUUCCUGUAUUGUGAUUCAUGGGCCUGUAUCCACAAUGCAUCUCAGAGUAAGGGUCCUGUUCUAAGAUCAGUUUAGGCUUUUAUAUCAUAAUAAAUAACAUUAUAUGGACAGAUCCUAGAUUAGAACUCCUUCUAUAGAGAUUCAGUUCUGGUGAAUGGGCAACAGCAUGGAUCCCCACAGACAGCGUGUAGUAUUACUAAAUGACAGAGGCCAGAGCCACUUCAAUUAUGGCCUGGUUGUGUUUCAAUUGUGUGGUUGUGGUUCAAUGGUGUGGUUGUUGCUCAGUGUUGUGGUUCACUGGUAUAGUGAGUGAGAGUGAGAGUGAGAGUGAGAGAGAGAGAGAGCCGCUCUAGUCAGACCUGCAGAAGGCAUUCUCCUCUCCCUCUUCUCUUUACUCCUUCCACAUCUUCUGAGAUAACACACCAGCUAGCCUGCCACCACAGCACUCUCUCAAUUCAAUUUCAAUAUAAGGGCUUUAUUGGCAUGGGAAACAAAUGUUAACAUUGACAAAGCAAGUGAAGUAGACAAUAAACAAAAGUGAAAUAAACAAUAAAAAUGAACAGUAAACAUUACGCUCAUAAAAGUUCCAAAAGAAUAAAGACAUUUCAAAUAUCAUAUUAUAUGCAAAUAGUUAAAGUACAAAAGGGAAAAAUAAAUCAACAUAAAUAUGGGUUGUAUUUACAAUGAUGUUUGUUCUUCUCUGUCUCUCUCUCUCUCGCUCGCUCUCUCUCUCUCGCUCAGCCAGAGAACAUCAUAAUUGAGUUGGCUUGAGUAACCAGUCCUUUGAUCAUUACAGUGGCACACACACACAACUGUGUUGGCCUACAUCUGCAAUUUAUGAACUCCUAACCGGUAUCAAUUAGUAGAAUAUCCCAGUUUUACUACCAGAGGACCUCCAGCACUGCUGCCCUGUAGUAGAAUAACCCCGUUUUACUACCAGAGGACCUCCAGCACUGCUGCCCUGUAGUAGAAUAUCCCAGUUUUACUACCAGAGGACCUCCAGCACUGCUGCCCUGUAGUAGAAUAUCCCAGUUUUACUACCAGAGGACCCCCAGCACUGCUGCCCUGUAGUAGAAUAUCCCAGUUUUACUACCAGAGGACCUCCAGCACUGCUGCCCUGUAGUAGAAUAUCCCAGUUUUACUACCAGAGGACCCCCAGCACUGCUGCCCUGUAGUAGAAUAUCCCAGUUUUACUACCAGAGGACCCCCAGCACUGCUGCCCUGUAGUAGAAUAUCCCAGUUUUACUACCAGAGGACCUCCAGCACUGCUGCCCUGUAGUAGAAUAUCCCAGUUUUACUACCAGAGGACCCCCAGCACUGCUGCCCUGUAGUAGAAUAUCCCAGUUUUACUACCAGAGGACCCCCAGCACUGCUGCCCUGUAGUAGAAUAUCCCAGUUUUACUACCAGAGGACCCCCAGCACUGCUGCCCUGUAGUAGAAUAUCCCAGUUUUACUACCAGAGGACCCCCAGCACUGCUGCCCUGUAGUAGAAUAUCCCAGUUUUACUGGGGCUCAUUAGAAGAUGGUCUCAGUCUCGUGACUCUGGUCUGUCUGUGUGGUGCAUGUUUCAACACUCUGUCCAUUAGUUGUAAUGAGCGUGUGCUGAGGGAGACUGUCUCUUUUAGAAGUCUCUGUGUCAUUGACAACCAUACUCUACUGUACUGUAGCAGUCUACCCCGGGUUCCAUUAAUAUGAGCAUGCUGAGGAGCAUGGUUUAAGUAGUGGCUGCUGGCCCAUUACCCUUCUAUUAACCAUUACAGCUAUUUCAUAUUUGAUAUCAAUGUAAUUUAUUUAAUUUAUAUAUAUUUGAUAAGAUAUCAAUGAUAUUUUCAAUGUACUGUAUGUCUUAAAAAGGACUUUGAUCAAACAAGAGUCUAACCUGACCCUCCCUCCCUCCUCUCUCUCUCUCUCUACAGUAUGGGGAGGAGGAGGUCUGCUCGGACCGCCUGGAUGCUGACUUCCCUGACAUUGACCUCUCUCAGCUGGACGCCAGCAACUUUGACUCAGUCAACUGCCUCAGCGAGCUCCACUGGUGCAACGACAAUUGUGACAUCUCCCCUGCCUCCAUCCAGUACAGCACACCAGACCCGGAGCUCUUUGAGGUGAGAUGCUCGGCCCGUGUGCACGGGAUUCCACUAGCCUGGGCCUGGAUCCAUAACGUGUUUCAGAGUAGGAGUGCUGAUCUAGGAUCAGUUUUGCCUUUAGAUCAUAAUGAAUAAGAUUAGACAGAUCAUAGAUCAGCACGCCUACUCUGAGACGCUUUGUGGAUACGGGCCCAGAUCUGUUUGUGCUGUCUUGGAAACUGAUCUGGGACCAGGCAAGGAUUCCACCAGGACCACCCACCCUAUGUAAUAGAACUCCAACAUAGGGACUAGAAUAACCCUAAAACAUGGCUGUAGAUUCCUAUGGCGUAGGACUACACUCUUAGAAAAAAAGGUGCUAACUAGAACCUAAAACGGUUCUUCGGCUGUCCCCAUAGGAGAACCCUUUGAAGAACCCUUUUUGGUUCCAGAUAGAACCCUUUUGGGUUCCAUGUAGAAGAACCCUUUCCACAGAGGGUUCUACAGGGAACACAAAAAAAGGGUUCUACCUGGAACCAAAAAGGGUUCUACUUAGAACCAAAAAGGGUUCUCUUAUGGGGACAGCCAAAUAACCCCUUUGGAACCCUUCUUUCUAAGAGUGUAGGGUUACAAAUGCCUGUGACUUUCAAUAAAUUCCCUGGUUUUCCAGAAAUCCUGUUUGGAUGAUUCAGGAUUUCCCUCCUGAUUCCAGGAGACCUCCAACCGGGAUUUUGGGAAAACCAGGGAUUUUAUUGAAAGUUCAUGGAAUUUUGCAACCCUACAUAGGACUAGACUACACAGAUUAUUGGUAAAUUGAAGAGGCUCCAGUCUUAGUCUAUGAUAAGUUUGUAGACUCCCAUUUUAGAAUUCCCUUCAGUGGUUUUUAUCGAUCAGACUAAUGCACAGAUCUAAUAUAAUGUGUUCAUAAACAUCAUCCACCAUGGUAGUGAUUGAGUGAGCAGGGCCCCACCACCCAACGCUGUUGUUUAUUUUACCAUCCACUUGAUUGUAAUCCCUUGUUCAGAUUGAUUUUAGAGGGGUAGAGUAAAGAUUGGAUUGGGACGGUCCCCUCUGGGCCUUGUUUUGGAUGCCUGUGUGGAAGCCAUUGAUCUCCCAGCUUAGUUAAUUUAACCUUCAGAUGGGUGGGGUGGGGGAGAUGAAGCCUCGCUCACUUCCCAUAGGCUGUCUCCGCUCCGCUAUCAUCCCACCACCAGACUCUAUGCUCUUAGCAACAUGGCAGCUGCUAAAACGAACAACACUGUGUAUGAAUGGAUGGUGCUCUCAGACUAGAGUAGCCAUUUCAGAAUUCAAAUGCAGAGUGCUCUGUGACUGACUGUGUUGUAAGUGGGUAGUAGUGUGUUCACUGAUGCCCUCUCUUUCUCUCCUGCCCCCUCCAGAUAGAAGAUGAGAAUGCGGCGCUGCUGGCUGCUCUCACAGACAGCCUGGACGGCAUGGUGGAGGACGAGGAGGGGGGGCUGUCUGUGUUUCCCUCGCUGGGGGAGGGGUCUGAGGAUGACCUCCCCUUCCCUUCAGGCUCCCUGAGCCCAGAGACAGAAGAUCCAUCUUUAGUAAGAACCCUUCCUCACUGUUUAAGAUGGAUUUGGAUGGGCCUCUGCUCUGACUACCCCACAGCAUGGGUAUGAUAGUCAACAAAGGUCUGAAUUUUUCUCAUUUUGGGCUUUUCCAUUCUUUUUAGCAACCACUACUUCUAAUAAGAAUGCUUUUUACUGGCAGGCACAGGCAGGCAACCUGGACCACAAACAUGUUCUCUUAAAGAAACUGUGGCUCUCACCUCUUUUUGACCCCCUUACCUCCCCUACCCCCGCCACUCCCCCUACAGUGCAUUCGGAAAGUAUUCAGACCCCUUCACUUUUUCCACAUUUUGUUACAUUACAGCCUUAUUCUAAAAUUGAUUAAAUGUUUUUUUCCCUUCAUCAAUCUACACUCGGGGCGGCAGGUAGCUUAGUGGUUAAGAGCGUUGUGCCAGUAACCGAAAGGUUGCUGGUUCUAAUCCCCGAGCCGACUAGGUGAAAAAUCUGUCGAUGUGCCCUUGAGCAAGGCACUUAACCCUAAUUGCUCCUGUAAGUCGCUCUGGAUAAGACUGUCUGCUAAAUGACCAAUUUAUUUAUUUAUAUUAUUUAAGACCCCAUAAUGACAAAGCAAAAACAGGUGUUUCAAAUUUUUUUGCAAGUAAAAAAAAAAAAAAAUCAUUUACAUAAGUAUUCAGUCCCUUUACUCAGUACUUUGUUGAAGCACCUUUGGCAGCGGUUACAGCCUCGAGUCUUCUUAGGUAUGACGCUACAAGCUUGGGACACCUGUUUUUGGGGAGUUUCUCCCAUUCUUCUCUGCAGAUCUUCUCAAGCUCUGUCAGGUUGGAUGGGGAAUGUCGCUGCUCCGUUAUUUUCAGGUCUCUCCAGAGAUGUUAGACCGGGUUCAAGUCCGGGCUGUGGCUGGGCCACUCAAGGAUAUUCAGAGACUUGUCCCGAAGCCACUCCUGUGUUGUCUGGGCUGUGUGCUUAGGGUCGUUGUCCUGUUGGAAGGUGAACCUUCGCCCCAGUCUGAGGUCCUGAGCACUCUGGAGCAGGUUUCCUUCAAGGAUCUCUCUGUUAAUCUUUCAUCUUUCCCUCCAUCCUGACUAGUCUCCCAGUCCCUGCCGCUGAAAAACAUCCCCACAGCAUGAUGCAGCCACCACAAUGCUUCACCGUAGGGAUGGUAUUGGCCAGGUGAUGAGCGGUGCCUGGUUUCCUCCAGACAUGAUGCUUGGCAUUCAGGCCAAAGAAUUCAAUCUUGGUUUCAUCAGACCAGAGAAUCUUGUUUAUCAUGGUCUGAGAGUCCUUUAGGUGCCUUUUGGCAAACUCCAAGCGGGCUGUCAUGUGCCUUUUAUUGAGGAGUGGCUUCCGUCUGACCACUCUACCAUUAAGGCCUGAUUGGUGGAGUGCUGCAGAGAUGGUUGUCCUUCUGGAAGGUUCUCCCAUCUCCAAAGAGGAACUCUGGAGCUCUGUCAGUGACCAUCGGGUUCUUGUUCACCUCCCUGACCAAGGCCCUUCUCCCCCGAUUGCUCAGUUUGGCCGGGCGGCCAGCUCUAGGAAGAGUCUGGGUAGUUCCAAACUUCUUCCAUUUAAGAAUGAUGGAGGCCACUGUGUUCUCGGUGACCUUCAAUACUGCAGACAUUUUUUGGUACCCUUCCCCAGAUCUGUGCCUCGACACAAUCCUGUCUCGGAGCUCUAUGGACAAUUCCUUCGACCUCAUGGCUUGGUUUUUGCUCUGACAUGCACUGUGAACUGUGGGACCUUAUAUAGACAGGUGUGUGCCUUUCCAAAUCAUGUCCAAUCAAUUGAAUUUACCACAGGUGGACUCCAAUCAAGUUGUAGAAACAUCUCAACGAUGGUCAAUGGAAACAGGAUGCACCUGAGCUCAAUUUCGAGUCUCAUAGCAAAGGGUCUGAAUACUUAUGGAAAUAAGGUAUUUCUGUUUUUUAGUUGUAAUAAAUUUGCAAAACUUACUAAAAAUCAGUUUUUUUUUUUUUCGCUUUGGCGUUAUGGGGUAUUGUGUGUAGAAAAUUUGAGAAAAAUAAGAUAAUAUAAUACAUUUUUGAAUAAGGCUGUAACGUAACAAAAUGUGGAAAAAGUACUUUCCCAAUGCACUGUACCUCCUCUAACUCUCAUUCAAUCUUCCUUUUUUUACUUUCCGCCAUUGUUCUAUUUCUCUCUCACUCCUUUGCCAUCUUAAAGGGGUGAUAUACUACUGUCAUACCCAUGUCUGACUCCUAGGACCCAGCCCAGCCUCCUAUAACGCUAGCAGUUACACUGUGGAGAUAACCCUGUGACCCCCCCUUCUAGCCCUCUCCUCUUUUCACACUGUCCUUUGGGAUGCCCCUACCCUCUCUCCCAUGCAUCCCUCUCCUCUCAGGAAAAACAUGUUUUUAUUUUCAACUGUUGUCCCUAUCUACUCAUGUUUGCUCUGGAUUGCAACAGAAAACUGGUAUAUUUUACAGAGAAUACAUUAAUAGGAUUUCAUUACAUUGGGAAACAUUUGGCCAGUUGAUAUUCUGUGUGCUUGGAUGAGCAUGUAAGUAGCUCUGGCACAAAAGUGAACUAGGAAGUCUGGUGUAAUAUAUUCCCUCUUAUUCCUCCUGUAAUAUGUCCUUAUUGCUCUUGUCCACAAUGAAGCCAACAUACUUCCUUCAUUUUCCUUAAGUUUCUAGAGGACACAAACUUUGGAGCGGGUUUAAAGAUACAGAAAUCUCAAAUGAUCAAGGCAAGGGUUACAAAGGUCGUUUUGGGUUACAGCGCUGAGUGAAACGAGUUAUCUACAUACAUACAUGGUCUCUACCCCUACUCACUCAGCCUCUCAGAGAUGAUUACAAUUACCGGAUAACAUUCAGACUAUAUACAGUUGAAGUCGGAAGAUUACAUACACCUUAGCCAAAUACAUUUAAACUCAGUUUUUCACAAUUCCUGACAUUUAAUCCUAGUAAGAAUUCCCUGUCUUAGGUCAGUUAGGAUCACCACUUUAUUUUUAGAAUGUGAAAUGUCAGAAUAAUAGUAGAGAGAAUUAUUUAUUUAAGCUUUUAUUUCUUUCAUCACAUUCCCAGUGGGUCAGAAGUUUACAUAUGCUCAAUUAGUAUUUGGUAGCGUUGCCUUUAUAUUGUUUAACUUGGGUCAAACGUUUCGGGUAGCAAUCCACAAGCUUCCCACAAUAAGUUGGGUGAAUUUUGGCCCAUUCCUCCUGACAGAGCUGGUGUAACUGAGUCAGGUUUGUAGGACUCCUUGCUCGCACACGCUUUUUCAUUUCUGCCCACAAAUGUUCUAUAGGAUUGAGGUCAGGGCUUUGUGAUGGCCACUCCAAUACCUUGACUUUGUUGUCCUUAAGCCAUUUUGCCACAACUUUGGAAGUAUGCUUGGGGUCAUUGUCCAUUUGGAAGACCCAUUUGCGACCAAGCUUUCAUUUCCUGACUGAUGUCUUGAGAUGUUGCUUCAAUAUAUCCACAUAAUUUUCCUUCCUCAUGAUGCCAUCUAUUUUGUGAAGUGCACCAGUCCCUCCAGCAGCAACGCACCCUCACAGCAUGAUGCUGCCACCCCCGUGCUUCACGGUUGGGAUGGUGUUCUUCGGCUUACAAGGACUCCCUUUUUCCUCCAAACAUAAUGAUGGUCAUUAUGGCCAAACAGUUCUAUUUUUGUUUCAUCAGACCAGAGGACAUUUCUCCAAAAUGUAAAAUCUUUGUCUGGCUUUUUUAUGGCGGUUUUGGAGCAGUGCCUUCUUCCUUGCUGAGCGGCCUUUCAGGUUAUGUCGAUAUAGGACUCGUUUUACUGUGGAUAUAGAUACUUUUGUACCUGUUUCCUCCAGCAUCUUCACAAGGUCCUUUGCUGUUGUUCUGGGAUUGAUUUGCACUUUUCGCACCAAAGUACGUUCAUAUCUAGGAAACGCGUUUCCUUCCUGAGCAGUAUGACGGCUGCGUAGUCCCAUGGUGUUUAUACUUGCGUACUAUUGUUUGUACAGAUGAACGUGGUACCCUCAGGCGUUUGGAAAUUGCUCCCAAGGAUGAACCAGAUUUGUGGAGGUCUACAAAAAAUAUUCUGAGGUCUUGGCUGAUUUCUUUUGAUUUUUCCAUGAUGUCAAGCAAAGAGGCACUGAGUUUGAAGGUAGGCCUUGAAAUACAUCCACAGGUACACCUCCAAUUGACUCAAAUUAUGUCAAUUAGCCUAUCAGAAGCUUCUAAAGCCAUGUCAUCAUUUUCUGGAAUUUUCCAAGCUGUUUAAAGGCACAGUCAACUAAGUGUAUGUAAACUUCUGACUUUCUGUCUGUAAACAAUUGUUGGAAAAAUUACUUGUGUCAUGCACAAAGUAAAUGUCCUAACCGACUUGCCAAAACUAUAGUUUGUUAACAAGAAAUUUGUGGAGUGGUUGAAAAACCAGUUUUAAUGACUCCAACCUAAGUGUAUGUAAACUUCUGACUUCAACUGUAUAUACCCACUGAUGGGACAUUUUUAACAAAUUGAUGGAAAUUACCCUCAUGAUGUCCUUAGAUAGCUUAAGAAUCUUCAUGGGAGUUGGUAUCAGUUGGCACUGGUAGCAGCAAUACGACAAAAUGAUCAAAACUGGAAUUCUGUUUGUUGUUGUGCAUGCUAGUUAUUCAGAGGUAAACAUUUGUUGUUGUGCAUGCUAGUUAUUCAGAGGUAAACAUCUGUUGUUGUGCAUGCUAGUCAUUCAGAGGUAAACAUUUGUUGUUGUGCAUGCUAGUUAUUCAGAGGUAAACAUUUGUUGUUGUGCAUGCUAGUCAUUCAGAGGUAAACAUUUGUUGUGCAUGCUAGUUAUUCAGAGGUAAACAUCUGUUGUUGUGCAUGCUAGUCAUUCAGAGGUAAACAUCUGUUGUUGUGCAUGCUAGUCAUUCAGAGGUAAACAUUUGUUGUUGUGCAUGCUAGUCAUUCAGAGGUAAACAUCUGUGAUGUUUUUACUGACAAAUAUAUAGGCUAGAGUAGUGGACUGAUGGGCAAUAUUUUGUCACAAUUUCAUUAUUAUAUUCAAAAUCUUGACCCUCUGCACCUGUUUUUAGGCAAAAAAGGCAAAUUUUAUGGUGAAGUGUGGAUUAACAUGGUGACAUGUAACAGUCCACCUCCCUGCCUGCCUCCCUGCCUGUCAGUCCCUCUCCAUCCCAGUGACAGACCAGGGGAUUUAUUGAUGUGACCCUGGGGGUAACCUCACCACACAGCGCAUAUAAGCCUGGGAUAUCAACCACUCAAAGUUGGCCUUAGUAGGAGUGACCAUAGGAUUCUAUGGAAGUGACCUUACUGAGUAAAGUAUUUGUCAUCAUUUAAUUUUAGCGAAUCACAUGACUGAGGUGUGGCUCUGUGCUUGUGGUUUGAGAAUGUGUUGUGGGAGAUGAUUGGUUAGUUGAGUUUCUCUCUGUAUUGGCUAACAAAGGCCAAGUCUGAUGCGUUGGUCCACUAGACUCUUUGCGCAUUUGGGCGGAAGUGUCUGGGAACAAGAUUACCCUGGGAGUGUCAUGACUGGUUUGUGAGUGGAGGAGCAGGACUCCCUCUGCUGGCAGGACCUGUAACUGCACCUGACCUCAGCAUGUGUUGUAUGUUGUUUGUGUUUGUGUGUGUGUGUGUGUACGUGCGUGUGUGUGUGUGUGUGUGUGUGUGUGUGUGUGUGUGUGUGUGUGUGUGUGUGAUGCAAGGUGUAUGUGUGCACACAAGAGGCUGUGCACGCGCGUGUGUGUGAGCAGCAGAGAACAAGGGCUGCAUUGAGCCAGGCAGCGCAGGAAGUGGACCAGAGGAGAGUAGUCUUUCAUGGCAUGGGUGGACCAACAGUGUUUUGUACAUAGAGAUGGAAACCUUCAGCGCCCCUUCACUUUCCUCAAUGAAACACUGAGAGGCACCAUUGAUGCCAAUGCCAAGUUGGCACAUGCUGACAGGGAUGGGCAACUCAAUUAGCACUGUUCUUCUCAUCUAUUUCAUUAUCUGUUUCUACAUGACACCAGUCAGUAUUAACUAGCAGCCAAGCAUACUGGAACCAGCCACAUCAUUCCCUCACAUCUAUAGUCAGCACUCUGGUGACAUCCUCAGUGUGUUCCACAACCAACGCAGCUUAGGGGAUUGUUGUUGCAAGCAGAUUUAUAUAAUCUGAUGAUUUCACAUGCGAUACCGCUGCCUCAAUGUGUAGUGAAUGAAAUGCGAGGGAAUAAAAUAUCCAUUUGAAAUGCGAUGCAGCAUUACCUCCUGGUUAAAAAGUGACUAGGAGAGAUAUAGAAUCACAUUUCCGUUUGAUCUUCUAUUCACACAGCUUCCUCCUGUCAGCUUCGGUUUGAACGCUGGAUGAAGGAGCAGAAAUGAAAGGAGGGUUUUUGCUUCGGAAUGGACCAUGUCAAGAGUGAUGAUACUGUAUGUUCUGCUGAUGGAUGGAUUGAUUUGGGAGACGUGUAAAUGAGUUGUCCCAAUCUAUGUCCCCCUCUCUACAGCUGAAAAGGCUCCUACUAUCCCCCCCUAACAUGCCCACAGGCCUGGAGUCACACAAAGAGGGCAGCAGUGUGCAUCGUCAUAGCAGCCGGAGCCUGCAUCUGAAACCCGUCAGGCCUUUGGUUAAGGUGAGUGAGUUGGAGUUCUCUGUCUGUGUUCUAGAAUAGAGCUCUGUUUUGUAGAAAAGAGCUCUGUCUAGAAUAGAGCUCUAGAAGCUCAGAAUGAAGGGAACAUGAGAGACUUAAAGGAAAAAUCCAACCAAAACCACUCAUUCCUAUAAAAGUUACAUAACACUAAUAUGUGAGAACAAUAUUUUUUGUGAACAAAUGCUUCAUUUUGUCGUUGUAAUAAGGUUGGUAGCAACGUGAAAAUCGUUGUGGAAAUCCGUUGCAGCUCAAGUCGACUACAAAACCCACAAUGCAAUGCUCUCUCUAUGGGCUGGCUUGCUAGGUAGCUAGCUAGCUAGCAAAGUAGCUACACACAAUAAUACCAAAGUCCAUAUCUGCAUGUGAAGUAGCUAGUUAGCUGUAAAAUCACCUAAACAAACUGCUCUACAAUCUCACCAUGUUUAACCUUCAGAUCUAUGUGCCUCACAGAGUGGAGCCUGACAUUCGCAACGGCACCAUGCAAUGCACCCUGGACUGAAGAGGCAGACAAAUAGGAGAAAUGUGUUAGACCCUCUGUUAAAUUACACAUUUCUCGAGGUAGGAAUAUUGCAAAAAUAUGAUCAAUGGCUCAUUCGAGAGAAGACAACCUCUCGCGUUAUGGCAUCGGACAGUAUUGAAAUCUGAUUCCUAUUAACUUCGAGUGUAGUGAGAGCGGCUUUAUCGCAAUGCUACGUCAUACCGGCUGAAUUUCUGCCUGCUUGAACGGCAAUAGCUCAGAUAUAUAUGAAAACAUGAAAUGACACCGGGAAUCGAUAGAACGUCGCUUGGAGAUGCACAACAACAAUAUAACAUUCAAAAUGGGUGAAUCUUUACUUUAAAGAGAGAGAGAGUGGGUGCAUAGGCCACACGACAGGAAAGGCUUUCUAUACUAUGACCCUUAGUGCUAUAUUAUGACCCUUAGUUCUAUACUAUGACCCUUACUUAGUUCUAUACUAUGACCCAUAGUUCUAUACUAUGACACUUAGUUCUAUAUUAUAAUCCUUAGUUCUAUAUUAUGACCGUUAGUUCUAUACUAUGACCCUUAGUUCUAUACUAUGACCCUUACUUAGUUCUAUAAUAUGACCCAUAGUUCUAUACUAUGACCCUUAGUUCUAUACUAUGACCCUUACUUAGUUCUAUACUAUGACCCAUAGUUCUAUACUAUGACACUUAGUUCUAUAUUAUAAUCCUUAGUUCUAUACUAUGACCCAUAGUUCUAUACUAUGACACUUAGUUCUAUAUUAUAAUCCUUAGUUCUAUAUUAUGACCCUUAGUUCUAUACUAUGACCGUUAGUUCUAUAUUAUGACCGUUAGUUCUAUAUUAUGACCGUUAGUUCUAUAUUAUGACCGUUAGUUCUAUAUUAUGACCGUUAGUUCUAUAUUAUGACCCUUAGUUCUAUAUUAUGACCCUUAGUUCUAUACUAUGACCGUUAGUUCUAUAUUAUGACCGUUAGUUCUAUAUUAUGACCGUUAGUUCUAUAUUAUGACCCUUAGUUCUAUAUUAUGACCCUUAGUUCUAUAUUAUGACCCUUAGUUCUAUAUUAUGACCCUUAGUUCUAUAUUAUGACCCUUAGUUCUAUACUAAGCCUGUGUUUUCUCAUUUAUUACCCCUGUCCUGUUCUGGCUUUUCAGUUCUGGUUGCGGGGGCCAAGGCAUGUGUCAUCUUUGGAGUGACAGAUGGCUGACCAGGGGAAGGGCAGCUCUGACAAUGAUCUCUCUCUCUCUCUCUCUCUCUCUCUCUCUUCUCGCUAUCUCCUUCUCGUGAUAUAUCGUUCUUUAUCGGCUCUCUAGUACUCUCGUAUAUCUAAGCCCGUGCUAUCUCGUCUAGUCUCGUCUCUUAUAUAUCUCUAUCUCGUAGCUCUCUCUCUAUCUUUCGUUCUAUCGUAUCUCUCUCUUCUAUCGGUUCUCUAUAUCAUUCUCUCUUGGUUAAAUCUAUCUCGUUCUCUCUCUGAUCUCGUUCUCGUUUCUUUCUCGUUCUAUCGCUUCUCGUUAUACUCUCUCUCGUUUCUCGUUCUCUCUUCUAAGUCGUUCUAUCUCUCUCUCUCUCUCUAGCUCUCUCUCUCUCUCUCUCUCUAUCUCUCUCUCUCUCUCUCUCUCUCUCUCUCUUCUCUCUCUCUCUCUACUUGGAACAUUGGUAUGCGGCAGGUAGCCUAGCGGUUAGAGGGGCGAGCCAGUUCCAAUCCCAGGUCUGAUGGAAAAAUCUGUCAUGAAGUGAGCUGGCAACCAGAUUGCUGCUGGUAUCAAAUCCUAGUUGCCGUUGUGCCCUUGAGCAAGGUAUUCAACCCCCCACAACAGCUGCUCCACGGGCGCCCAGUGUGGCAGCCCCCUGCUCCAACCUGUAUGUGUGUCUUUUGGAGGUUGGGAUAAAGAGGAAGUCAUAUUUUGGUUGGACCUUGUGUACAAUUAAUAUUAAUAAAGUGAUCUUAAUCUAAUCUUAAUUGUUGUAUAACUUUGGCAAAUUGUCACAAUCACAAAGAAGGGUCUCUGUGUUGGUUUUGGUUGCUGAUGAGUUGUUCACUCUGUACGGUAUGUAGUCAUGAGUUGUUCACUCUGUACGGUAUGUAGUCAUGAGUUGUUCACCCUGUACGGUAUGUAGUCAUGAGUUGUUCACCCUGUACGGUAUGUAGUCAUGAGUUGUUCACUCUGUACGGUAUGUAGUCAUGAGUUGUUCACCCUGUACGGUAUGUAGUCAUGAGUUGUUCACUCUGUACGGUAUGUAGUCAUGAGUUGUUCACUCUGUACGGUAUGUAGUCAUGAGUUGUUCACUCUGUACGGUAUGUAGUCAUGAGUUGUUCACCCUGUACGGUAUGUAGUCAUGAGAUGUUCACUCUGUACGGUAUGUAGUCAUGAGUUGUUCACCCUGUACGGUAUGUAGUCAUGAGUUGUUCACUCUGUACGGUAUGUAGUCAUGAGUUGUUCACUCUGUACGGUAUGUAGUCAUGAGUUGUUCACUCUGUACGGUAUGUAGUCAUGAGUUGUUCACCCUGUACGGUAUGUAGUCAUGAGUUGUUCACUCUGUACGGUAUGUAGUCAUGAGUUGUUCACUCUGUACGGUAUGUAGUCAUGAGUUGUUCACUCUGUACGGUAUGUAGUCAUGAGUUGUUCACUCUGUACGGUAUGUAGUCAUGAGUUGUUCACUCUGUACGGUAUGUAGUCAUUGACUAGACAUAGAAGUAAUUCGUUAAUCUCUUGGAUCAUGCAGUGCACAGAGUCUCACCAAGGUCAUGUUUGUAGGUAAUAACUCUAACUCUAAUCUCUGUGUUUCUUUCUGCAGCCUGACAGCACACAGGAGCGUAAACCCCGAGCGGUGCGACCAGCUGGACGUCUGUGCACAGAGCUCCACCGGCACCUGACCACCACACAGGAGGCCGAGGACACUCCUUCAGCUGACACAGAGGAGGACGGGGAGGAGGAGGAAGAUGAUAACGAGGAGGACAGUGAGUCCGAGGAGGAAGAAGAGGAGGAGGAGGAAGAGACCUCGAGCAGUGAGGGUGAAAGCUCCACCCCGCCUGAUCCCGCCAAGCCCCAGUUCUCCUCGGAGAAAGAACUGCACUCUGUGGUAGAGCUCAUCAAGUACAUGCACACAUACUGCCUCCCCACACGCAAGCAGGCCAACUGGGAGCGCAAGGAGCGCGAGUGCCCAGGCCAGGUACGCAGGGCCAGGCCCGAGUGUCCCCCGGCUCGUAUCCCCCCAAACUGUCACAAGGCUGCAACCCAGGUCCAGAGCAGCGUCCCUCGGCCACGCCUCGCCUUCACCCGCAGACGGGAGUUCAAAGCCAACUCUCUCCUGCGCGAACUGCUCGAAGCGGUCAAAUCCUUUGACGUGAGCAAGCCUUACAGACUCCACAGCCCCCCCUACACCCAUAACAGAGGAGCUAUCCCCAAACCAGCGCAAGACAGAAAGACUGAGACCCCCAGUCCGGCUGCCCGUUCAACCAAACCAGAGCUUAGAAAAUACUCUGCUGGCUCUGAGAGCGACAGGGUACUAGAGGCCCCUAAGAGCCCCGAUCUGGAGGAUGCCUCUUUCUCUGUCCGCCGCUCCCGCAGGCUCGCCUCUUUCCCCAGCCGCUUCGCCAAGAAGUUGCGUGCGGGCCAGAUGAGGGUGGAGCCUUCGUCGGGAGCGGGGCGCCCUGGCGAGGAGGACACGGCGGUCAAACACCCCAUGGGACACAACCUGGAGGAAGACACCACCACCCCUAACAACAGUACUUCUUUCCAAACCACGGCAGACGCAGCCGAACCCGAUAACCUCUGCUGUCAAAACGGUAAGGAAGAUGAAGCACCAAGCUCCCUACACCAGUCCUGUUGUGCCAGUCCACAUGGCUCCAUCAUGCAGCAUCUUUCUUCAAUUUGACGUGGAUGAAAAAUAAAGAGCGCCAGCAUUUUUACACAGCGUGCUAAGCAAAAGGCUGUUUCUACACCUGCUAGAUCUGCUGGGGUGUUCUCUGACCAUGUAUGUAAUCAUUGGUACCAUUAACUCUUUCUGUUGUUCUGAUUGCAGAGAAACGCACCUGCCUCUGUCUGCCGCUGACUCCCAAAUCUUCAGGGUUUGUUUUCCAUACUAUAUUCCUAUACACUACAACACAUAUACUGCUGGCCCAUCUGUCCAGUCAAGCAAUCACAAAGCUCUUUUUAAUGUUGACUUCUGGAACUCUUCCAUGUGUAAAAUUACUGUGAUGUUCCCUGUAAUAUCCCCAAAUCACUCCACAAAAGCCUUUCAUGGUAACACAGAUCCCAAAAUAGACCUCAAUAGGAGACGUAGUUGUACUGUAAUACCAAUCACAGAAGGCUGUAAAGAAAAACAUUACAGGAAAAAGGGAAUGCUCACAUUCACAAUGGAAAUGUAAUACAAACUUCAAACGUAAACCCUACUAAACGCUCAUAAACCUUACUAAACCCUCAUAAACCCUACUAAACCCUCAUAAAACCUACCAAACCCUCAUAAACCCUGUUAAACCCUACUAAACCUGCAUAAGUCCUAACAAACCCUCAUCAACCCUACUAAACCCUUAUAAACUCUACGAAACACUCAUAAACCCUACUAAACCCUCAUAGCGCCUUAAGAAAUCCUAAAGAAUCAUCAGUCAGCACUCAGCAGUAUCCUUUGUCCCAACUCCACACCCCUUCCCCUGGCCUUGAUGAUGACUCUGCAAUCUCUCUCUCUCUCUCGUUCUCUCUCUCUCUCUCUCUCUCUCGUUCUCUCUCUCGUUCUCUCUCUCGUUCUCUCUCUCUCGUUCUCGUUCUUUCUCUCUCUCUCUCUCUCUCUCUCUCUCUCUCUCUCUCUCUCUCUCUCUCUCUCUCUCUUUCUUCCCCAUGAUCAGAGACACACAGUAUGCCAACAAGCCCUUUGAGCAGACACUCUGCGUGGACCUGUGUGGCACAGCAGGUAAUGUUGGGGCUUUGAGUCAGUGUUGAUAAUUGUGACGUCUUUUACACCUUUUACGCGACUGGAUGAGAGCAGCAUUUUGGAUCUAUAUCCUAUUGUGUCUGUCAGAAGUAGCAUAGUACUGUAACAUAAUGUACUGUAGACCAGUGUAUCUGGUGUAGAUAUAGUACUGUAACAUAAUGUACUGUAGACUGUAGGUAUAGUACUGUAACAUAAUGUACUGUAGACCAGUGUAUCUGGUGUAGAUAUAGUACUGUAACAUAAUGUACUGUAGACUGUAGAUAUAGUACUGAAACAUAAUGUACUGUAGACUGUAGGUAUAGUACUGUAACAUAAUGUACUGUAGACUGUAGGUAUAGUACUGUAACAUAAUGUACUGUAGACUGUAGGUAUAGUACUGUAAACAAUGUACUUUAGACUGUAGGUAUAGUACUGUAACAUAAUGUACUGUAGACUGUAGGUAUAGUACUGUAACAUAAUGUACUGUAGACUGUAGAUAUAGUACUGUAACAUAAUGUACUGUAGACUGUAGAUAUAGUACUGAAACAUAAUGUACUGUAGACUGUAGGUAUAGUACUGUAACAUAAUGUACUGUAGACUGUAGGUAUAGUACUGUAACAUAAUGUACUGUAGACUGUAGAUAUAGUACUGUAACAUAAUGUACUGUAGACUGUAGAUAUAGUACUGAACAUAAUGUACUGUAGACUGUAGGUAUAGUACUGUAACAUAAUGUACUGUAGACUGUAGGUAUAGUACUGUAACAUAAUGUACUGUAGACAUGUAGGUAUAGUAGUACUGUAACAUAAUGUACUGUAGACCAGUGUAUUGGUGUAGAUAGUACUUAACAUAAUGUACUGUAGACGUAGAAUAGUACUGUAACAUAAUGUACUGUAGAUGUAGGUAUAGUACUGUAACAUAAUGUACUGUAGACAUGAUGGUAUAGAUAGUACUGUAACAUAAUGUACUGUAGACCAGUGUAUAUGGUGUAGAACUAGUACUGUAACAUAAUGUACUGGAGACUAGAUAUAGUACUGUAACAUAAUGUACUGUAGAUAUAGUACUGUAACAUAAUGUACCAGAGACUAGAUAUAGUAUUGGAACAUAUGUACUGUAGACUGUAGAAUAGUACUGUAACAUAAUGUACUGAGACUAGAUAUGUACUUAACAAUGUACUGUAGUAAUAGUAUGUAACAUAAUGUACUGGAGACUAGAUAUAGUAUGAACAAUUACUGUAACUUAGAUACGUAAUGUAACAUAGUAGAAAUAGUACUGUAACAUAAAGUACUGGAGAAUAGAUAUAGUACUGUAACAUAAUAUACUGUAUAUAUAGUACUGUAACAUAAUGUACUGGAGACUAGAUAUAGUACUAUAACAUAAUGUACUGUAGAUAUAGUAUUGUAACAUAAUGUACUGGAGACUAGAUAUAGUAUUGGAACAUACUGUACUGUAGACUGUAGAUAUAGUACGUAACAUAAUGUACUGUGGACCAGUGUAUCUGGUGUAGAACUAGUACUGUAACAUAAUGUACUGGAGACUAGAUAUAGUACUGUAACAUAAUGUACUGUAGAAAUAGUACUGUAACAUAAAGUACUGGAGAAUAGAUAUAGUACUGUAACAUAAUAUACUGUAUAUAUAGUACUGUAACAUAAUGUACUGGAGACUAGAUAUAGUACUAUAACAUAAUGUACUGUAGAUAUAGUAUUGUAACAUAAUGUACUGGAGACUAGAUAUAGUAUUGGAACAUACUGUACUGUAGACUGUAGAUAUAGUACUGUAACAUAAUGUACUGUAGACCAGUGUAUCUGGUGUAGAACUAGUACUGUAACAUAAUGUACUGGAGACUAGAUAUAGUACUGUAACAUAAUGUACUGUAGAAAUAGUACUGUAACAUAAAGUACUGGAGAAUAGAUAUAGUACUGUAACAUAAUAUACUGUAUAUAUAGUACUGUAACAUAAUGUACUGUAGUAGAUAUAGUACUCUUAAUAAUAAUGUACUGUAGAUAUAGUACUGUAACAUAAUGUACUGUAGAUAUAGUACUGUAACAUAAUGUACUGGAUACUAGAUAUAGUAUUGGAACAUAAUGUACUGUAGACUGUAGAAAUAGUACUGUAACAUAAUGUACUGGAGACUAGAUAUAGUACUGUAACAUAAUGUACUGUAUAUAUAGUACUGUAACAUAAUGUACUGUAGACUGUAGAUAUAGUACUGUAACAUAAUGUACUGGAGACCAGUGUAUCUGGUAUAGAUAUAGUACUGUAACAUAAUAUACUGUAGACCAGUGUAUCUGGUGUAGAACUAGUACUGUAACAUAAUGUACUGGAUACUAGAUAUAGUACUGUAACAUAAUGUACUGUAGAAAUAGUACUGUAACAUAAUGUACUGUAGACUGUAGAAAUCAUACUGUAACAUUAUGUACUGGAGACUAGAUAUAGUACUGUAACAUAAUGUACUGUAGACCAGUGUAUCUGGUGUAUAUAUAGCACUGUAACAUAAUGUACUGUAGACUGUAUAUAUAGUACUGUAACAAUGUACUGUAGAUAUAGUACUGUAACAUAAUGUACUGUAGACUGUAGAUAUAGUACUGUAACAUAAUGUACUGUAGACUGUAGAUAUAGUACUGUAACAUAAUGUACUGUAGACUGUAGAUAUAGUACUGUAACAUAAUGUACUGUAAACUGUAGAUAUAGUACUGUAACAAUGUACUGUAGAUAUAGUACUGUGACAUAAUGUAAUGUAACAUAAUGUACUGUAGACUGUAGAUAUAGUCCUGUAACAUAAUGUACUGUAGACUGUAGAAAUCGUACUGUAACAUAAUGUACAGGAGACUAGAUAUAGUACUGUAACAUAAUGUACUGUAGAUAUAGUACUGUAACACAAUGUACUGUAGAUAUAGUACUGUAACAUAAUGUACUGUAGAUAUAAUACUGUAACAUAAUGUACUGUAGAUAUAGUACUGUAACAUAAUGUACUGUAGAUAAAGUGUGGCUAACAGCUCAGUAGUAGAGUGGUAGAGGAGAGGGGGAAUGUAUUUGUAUUGUGUUCGAAAGAGCAUGACUUCACUCUAUUCCUGGGUAAAUGUCAUCUUGACAGGGCUAAUUUGGUUCCAUAGCUACUUGGGUAGCUGAGAAAACAGAUAUUACAAUGCAGUGUCUGCCGCUGAUAUCGUCCUCAAAAUCCAUAACGUUUAACAAUUGAAUGUCAAAUAUGCUCUUCGGUCAAAAUCAAUAGGAGAUUGUGUGCUCGCCUUGUGCCAUAUCGAGAUGCUGUGUUGCUGUAAUGUUUACGAUAUAACAGCAUCAAAGCAAUUUGUUCUAUUAGGAAAGCCGUUGAAAGACAGCUAUUCUGCAAUGUCCCUGUCGUAACCAGAUAGUUACUCAGUUCAGUAACAGACAGUACACCCAGUAACAGUUGAUCAUUAACAUUCUGUCUGUGAAUCGUUGAUGUUUCUCUGAUGCUAACCUGUCAGAUCUGUAUGAAACCACGUGACUUAUGAGAGUGGCAUGUGUUUUCAGGCCUCACCCCUCCCACCACCCCCCCUCACAAGCCUGUGGAGGAUGAGCUGUUCAAGCCCGAGGGGAAAGGAGAGUCCCCCCCGAAGGGCUUGUGGCUCAACCGGGCCCACUCCCGCAAGCUCCCCGAGCAGACCGAACUCUACGCCCAGCUCCGCAAGAUGGGCCAGGCCAGCGAUGCAGAACUCAAAGUCCACCAGACAUUCGGAGACCACGACUACUGCCUGCUGAGUCUGGGGGAGCGCCGGAAGAGAACCGCCGCCAUGCUGUCCCAUUCCCUGUUCGGACGCUCCUCUACUGAGGGUCCAGAGCCUAAGGGGGACAGGGCUGAGUCCAGGGUGCUGGGGGACGAGAGGCUUGGACUUCAGCGUGAAGACAAACUCUUUUCCAAGGCACCAGAGUACCUGAGUAACGGUACCAGGGCUGACAGCAAGGGGGACGGGCGGGGGGCGACUGCGGCAGCACGCCAAUCAGGAUCGCCCCAAGCUUUAUCGCCCCACAAGUAUGAUGAAGAGGGGGAACGCUCCUCCCGCUCUCCCUCCCCCAUCCUCCACUCCAGCUUCUGCCAGCCCCACUCCCCUAGCAGUAAGCCUGACAUCAGGUGAGAAUAUAAACCACAGUUCUAAGGAUUUACAUUAGUAAAAUAUGUCUAGUGAGAUCUAUUUCUCUUCAACAUCAGAUUUGCAACUUUUCUGUUUACACUAGCCCUGGAUGUGGUGUGGCCCAAGCAACAUUCCUGCUUCGUGUGUGUGUACCUAUUAGCAUACUGUAAAUACCAUAGUAUAUAGACAAACCAAAUAAGGAUAGCAAUUCAAACUAUACAGGAGCUUCUCAUAUCAACCAUGUUGCACAUAGUGUUGCACACUUGAUUAACGCAAUGAUUCACAAAUGUGUGGAUAUUUUAAAAGCCUUUAAUUUUCAACUUGGCUAUCAGCGCAACAAUGCUGUCUACUGGUAUUAAGGUUAUUAUUGCAGGGACGUGGGAGAUGUACAGUUGAAGUCAGAAGUUUACAUACACCUUAGCCAAAUAAAUUUAAACUCAGUUUUUCACAAUUCCUGACAUUUAAUCCUAGUAAAUAUUCCCCGUUUUAGGUCAGUUAGGAUCACCACUUUAUUUUAAGAAUGUGAAAUGUCAGAAUAAUAGUAGAGAGAAUUAUUUCUUUCAGCUUUUAUUUAUUUCAUCACAUUCCCAGUGAGUCAGAAGUUUACAUACACUCAAUUAGUAUUUGGUAGCAUUGCCUUUAAAUUGUUUAACUUGGGUCAAACGUUUCCUUCCACAAGCUUCCCACAAUAAGUUGGGUGAAUUUUGGCCCAUUCCUCCUGACAGAGCUGGUGUAACUGAGUCAGGUUUGUAGUCCUCCUCGCUCGCACAUGCUUUUUUAGUUCUGCCCACACAUUUUCUAUAGGAUUGAGGUCAGGGCUUUGUGAUGGCCACUCCAAUACCUUGACUUUGUUGUCCUUAAGCCAUUUUGCCACAACUUUGGAAGUACGCUUUGGGUCGUUGUCCAUUUCGAAGACCCAUUUGCGACCAAGCUUUCAUUUCCUGACUGAUGUCUUGAGAUGUUGCUUCAAUAUAUCAACAUAAUUUUCCUUCCUCAUGAUGCCAUCUAUUUUGUGAAGUGCACCAGUCCCUCCUGCAGCAAAGCAUCCCCAUAGCAUGAUGCUGCCACCCCCGUGCUUCACGGUUGGGAUGGUGUUCUUCGGCUUGCAAGCCUUCCCCUUUUUCCUCCAAACAUAACGAUGGUCAUUAUGGCCAAACAGUUCUAUUUUUGUUUCAUCAGACCAGAGGACAUUUCUCCAAAAAGUACGUUCUUUGUCCCCAUGUGCAGUUGCAAACCGUAGUCUGGCUUUUUUAUGGCAGUUUUGGAGCAGUGGCUUCUUCCUUGCUGAGCGGCCUUUCAGAUUAUGUCGAUAUAGGACUCAUUUUACACUGUGGAAAUAGAUACUUUUGUACCUGUUUCCUCCAACAUCUUCACAAGGUCCUUUGCUGUUGUUCUGGGAUUGAUUUGCACUUUUCGCACCAAAGUACGUUCAUCUCUAGGAGACAGAACGAGUCUCCUUCCUGAGCGGUAUGACAGAUGUGUGGUCCCAUGGUGUUUGUACUUGCGUACUAUUGUUUGUACAGAUGAACGUGGUACCCUUCAGGCAUUUGAAAAUUGCUCCCAAGGAUGAACCAGACUUGUGGAGGUCUACACAUUGUUUUCUGAGGUCUUGGCUGAUUUCCUUUGAUUUUCACAUGAUGUCAAGCAAAGAGGCACUGAGUUUGAAGGUAGGCCUUGCAGUACAUCCACAGGUACACCUCCAAUUGACUCAAAUGAUGUCAAUUAGCCUAUCAGAAGCUUCUAAAGCCAUGCCAUCAUUUUCUGGAAUUUUCCAAGAUGUUUAAAGGCACAGUCAACUUAGUGUAUGUACAUUUCUGACCCACUGGAAUUGUGAUACAGUGAAUUAUAAGUGAAAUGAUCUGUCUGUAAACAAUUGUUGGAAAAAUGACUUAUGUCAUGCACAAAGUAGAUGUCCUAACCGACUUGCCAAAACUAUAGUUUGUUAACAAGAAAUGUGUGGAGUGGUUGAAAAAUGAGUUUUAAUGACUCCAACCUAAGUGUAUGUAAACUUCCGACUUCAACUGUAUGUGGUGUAGAUGUUUACCUCCGGAGGUGGUGUGGGAGACAUCUCUUAAACGUCCAAUGCAGCUGUUUUUGUCUCAUUAUCAAAUCAUUCAUGGGUAACAAUUAAGUACCUUACUGCGAUUGUUUUCAAUUAAAAUGGUAAAAAAGAAACUAAAAUAGCUUCUUAGCAAAGAGCAAUUUCUCAAGCAAUAAUUUUGCUAGGACUGUCUGGGAGUGGGGAGGGGAAAACUGAAAACUAUUUGUUAUUGGCGGAUUGGUCUAUUAACUAAUUUACCGCCUGGUGAUGUCACCAGGCAGGCCAAAACUCCAUCCCAUCAAAACAGGCAGAAAUUUCAGGCCGUCUUAUUAAACAGCUCUUACACUAAAAGGGCAUUAUCAUCAUUUUCACAAUUUCACAGUAUUAUUCCAACCUCAUAGUGUGGAAAUAUAUAUAAAACACAGGAAGAUUAAGUUUUUGACUGCACUGGACCUUUAAAGGGAGAUUUGAAUCUAGCUCAGACUCUUUACACUACACAAGUAUCCUAGUUUGAGUCAUCAAAAUAGUGUAGUGUAAAGAGGCCCUGAUCAGUCUGAUUAGCAGUCACAGCCAGGAGUACUAUGGCUUUUCUCAUCGUUAUGUGACUCAGGUUCUUCCAUUCGCUCCUGUCUAAUAUCUCUGCCUUGUGUCUCUCUCUCCUCAGCUGUGAGAACUCUGAGACGUGCCACGGAGACAAGCAGGGGAACAAAAUCUCCAAGUCUGGGUUUCAAAUUGACGAGGUAAACACCAGUUAUUCCAUUAUGAAUUUUGACAAAGUCAUGCAACCCUGUUAUGUACACUGAACAGAAAUAUAAAUGCAACAUGUAAAGUGUUAGUCCCAUGUUUCAUGAGCUGAAAUAAAAGAUCCCAGAAAUGUUCCAUACGCACCAAAAGCUUAUUUCUCUAAAAUGUUGUGCACAAAUUUGUUUACAUCCCUUUUAGUGAGCAUUUCUCCUUUGCCAAGAUAAUCCAUCUACCUGACAGGUGUGGCAUAUCAAGAAGCUGAUUAAUAAUAAUAAUAAUAAUAAUAAUAAUAUGCCAUUUAGCAGACGCUUUUAUCCAAAGUGACUUACAGUCAUGCGUGCAUACAUUUUUGUGUAUGGGUGGUCCCAGGGAUCGAACCCACUACCUUGGCGUUACAAGCGCCGUGCUCUACCAGUUGAGCUACAGAGGACCAUGAUUAAACAGCAUGAUCAUUGCACGGGUGCACCUUGUGCUGGAGACAAUAAAAGGCCAGGCUAAAAUGUGCAGUUUUGUCACACAACACAAUGCCACAGAUGUCUCGAGUUUUGAGGGAGCGUGCAAUUGGCAUGCUGACUGCAGGAAUGUCCACCUGAGCUGUUGCCAGAUAAUUGAAUGUUCAUUUCUCUACCAUAAGCCGCUUCCAACGUCAUUUUAGAGAAUUUGGCAGUACGUCCAACCGGUCUCACAACCGCAAACUAUGUGUAACUACGCCAGCCCAGGACCUCUACAUCCAGCUUCUUCACCUGCGGAAUUGUCUGAGACCAGCCACCUGGACAGCUGAUGAAACUGUGGGUUUGCACAACCGAAGAAUUUCUGCACAAACUUUCAGAAACCGUCUCAGGAAAGCUCAUCUGCGUGCUCGUCGUCCUUACCAGGGUCUUGACCUGACUGCAGUCCGGUGUCGUAACUUCAGUGGGCAAAUGCUUACCUUCGAUGGGCUGGAGAAGUGUGCUUUUCAUGGAUGAAUCCCAUACAGCAUGUAUGGCAGACAGCAUGUAUGGCGUCGUGUGGGUGAGCGGUUUGAUGAUGUCAACGUUGUGAACAGAUUUCCCCAUGGUGGCGGUGGGGUUAUGGUAUGGGCAGGCCUAAGCUACGGACAAAGAACACAAUUGCAUUUUAUUGAUGGCUAUUUGAAUGCACAGAGAUACCGUGACCAGAUCCUGAGGCCCAUUGUCGUGCCUUUCAUCUGCCGCCAUCACCUCAUGUUUCAGCAUGAUAAUGCACGGCCCCAUGUCGCAAGGAUCUGUACACAAUUCCUGGAAUCUGAACAUUUCCCAGUUCUUCCAUGGCCUGCAUACUCACCAGACAUGCCAUUGAUCAUGUUUGGGAUGCUCAGGAUCGAUGUGUAUGACAGCAUGUUCCAGUUUCCACCAAUUUCCAGCAACUUCGCAAAGUCAUUGAAGAGGAGUGGGACAACAUUCCACAGGCCACAAUAAAUAGCCUGAUCAAUUCUAUGCGAAGGAGGUGUGUCGCGCUGCAUGAGGCAAAUGGUGGUCACACCAGAUACUGACUGGUUUUCUGAUCCACGCCCCUACUUAAAAAAAAAAAGAAGUUACCUGUGACCAACAGAUGCAUAUCUGUAUUCCUAGUCAUGUGAAAUCCUUAGAUUAGGGCCUAAUGAAUUUAUUUCAAUUUACUGAUUUUCUUAUAUGAACUGUAACUUAGUAAAAUCUUUGAAAUUGUUGCAUGUUGCAUUUAUAUUUUUGUGAAGUAUAAAUGUGUGAAGUAGGCAUGCUUUGCCACUGCAGCAAGUGUCUUGUUCUGACGGUUACCAUGGUGUCGUUGCCUAGGACAACUGCAGAGUGUUCUACAUUCACAACCUGCCAAGCAGCGUCACACAAACUAUGCUGCGCAAACGCUUCGAGGCCUUUGGCGACCCGGAGGACUGCAAAGUCAUCACCAAAAAUGAGUAGGUCCUUUUAUCUGCCUGUCUGGCCUGCCUGGCCUGUCUGCCUGUCUGCCUGCCUGGCCUGACUGGCCUGUCUGGCCUGCCUGGCCUGCCUGGCCUGUCUGCCUGUCUGGCCUGCCUGGCCUGUCUGGCCUGUCUGCCUGCUUAGCCUGCCUGUGGCCUGUCUGCCUGCCUGUGGCCUGUCUGCCUGUCUGGCCUGCCUGGCCUGGCUGCCUGUCUGGCCUUUCUGCCUGCCUGUGGCCUGUCUGCCUGCUUAGCCUGCCUGUGGCCUGUCUGCCUGUCUGGCCUGUCUGUGGCAUUUUGGAGUACAGACUGCAGUGAAGGUGAGGACCACGUGCUGAAACUCAUCUCUGUGUGUGUGUGUGUGUGUGUGUGUCCAUGCGCGUGCCCAUAGGGAACGCUGUGGAGUCAUCAAGUUCCGUCAAGAGUCCAGUGGCCAGCAGAUCCAGAAGCACAGGCGAGAGCCGCUCUUCCAGAAUGGAGGGGGUGGCAUGCACAGGCUCAGCAGGAAGAGAUACAUAGAUCUGGGUAAGCAGAGAUAAUGUCAAAACAUGUUAUACAGCCGAGGUAUAGUCAAAACAUGACUGUUGGCAAUGCUAAGAUACUUCAUGUGUAGUAUCUAUCUCUCUCCCUCUGUAAUGUUGAUGUAAUAGAGUUGGGUGUAGCCAUGAUGACUGUUCUAACAGAGCUUUUUCUCUCCAGACGAAGCGGGACCAGGGCCGGUAAAGAGCAAGUAUGACGCCCUGGACUUUGACACCCUGCUGAAGGAGGCCCAGAAGAGCCUGCAUCGCUGA